AUGACCUCCCCCAACAAAGCGAUAUACAUUGGACCAAAAAACGAGUUAUUUUCUACGGAAUACGACGAUCUCUAUGAGCCUGCUGAUAACCAAGGCCUGAUCCAGGUGCAUUAUUCUGGCAUCAAUCCUGCUGAUCUGAAGCAUGGGAUCGACUUCAAGAUGAAUGACCACGUUUGUGGUUACGAGUUCAGUGGAAAAGUUGUCAAGGCUGGAACCGGAUUUCCUUACGUAGUCGGAGAUGAGAUCUUUGGCUCAAAGAAGAUAGACUUAGGUUCGAAAUUCGGAGCGCAUCAAGAUUGGCUGCUUGCUGAGGGAAAUUCGUUGAUUGCUAAACGGCCAUCCACACUUCCAAAACAGGCUGCGGCGGUGAUGUCAAUCGUGGUGAGGACUGCCGCCGAUGCCUUGUUUAAUGUCUUAGGAAUACCUUUUGCCGAGAUCAAGGCAUCAGGAAUGCCAACUAAGAGCGGCAUUCUGAUUUGGGGAGGCGGUAGUGCAGUAGGCUGGGCAGCAAUACAGCUUGCCAAAGCUGCAGGUGUCAGCCCUAUCAUCAUUACAGCAUCUUCUUCUCGCCAUCAAGCACUGAAGGGAUUGGGUGCAACACACUGCUUCGAUUACCGGGAUGAUGAUGUGGUCGCAAAGAUCCAGAGUGCUAUUGAUCAAUCCGGUCAACCGUUAAAGUUCAUCUUCGACUCAGUAUGUACAAAGGGACUAGCAUCCUCGACGUCAAGGUUCGAUACAAUAAACACUGCGCCGGAUGCUAUUUUCACCGGGACUUUGCCGGUACGCAGUGACAGAAAUAAGUGGAUGUGGUGUUUGGCCGCUCGAGCCUGGGACAUGAACCUGCCUCCACCCAUAGGCCCCAUCACCGCAAACCAGGAAUGGGAGUCACGCUUGGUUGAAGUCGUCUCUUGGGCAGCUGAAAACUACGGUGAACGCUUUCAAAUUCCAAAUCUGAGAGUGAUCGAAGGGUUCAAGGAGGGAAUCGAAGCGAUUAAGGCUUCAGGCGAGGGGAGGAUCGGCUUUGAGAAGGUCGCAAUCAAGCACCCUUUUUGA